UAACAACAUGAAGUGCUUCCUGACAGCUUGUAUAACACUUUUGAGCCUUAUGGCAGCCAUGGCUUACCCUCAACUUGGCAACGCUGGUGCUACUCUUGGUAAUUCUAUUAGUGGCCUUACCUAUGGUGCUGAUAAUCUUGUGGGUCGCGUUACUAGUGAUAUUGGUGGCCUGACCAAUUAUACUCUUGCUAGUGAUGUUGGUGGUCUCACUAGUGCCACUGCAAGUGUUGCUGCUGGAGCCACUAAUGGUGUUGUUGUUACUUUGGGUAGUAUCACUAGUGCUGUUGGUGGCCUGACUAAUGCUGUUGAAGGUGUCGUUAGUGACGUUCUUGGGAGUCCUACUAAUAUUGCUGCGACGUCUUCUUGCGAAUGUGGCGACCGCUACAACUCCAAAAAGGACCAGCAGCACCCAGGCACACUGACAGGUUACCUGGCGCCGCAUUCCAAUGCGACCUAG